UUUAUUCAUUGAAGAUUAAAUUUGAACCAAAAUUCAAGUUAGAAAUAUUAUGCUACUUAGAAAAGCUAGCUUCGAGGAAGAAAUAUCUGAUAGAGAAAAUUAGUCAGCUGGUCGCGGUAAACAACAAGGGUAUGGUUCAUUUGCAUCUUGCUAUCGUCAACUAUUGGAAUCCUGCACGUGACUUGACGGCGUGAUAUGAUUGGUCUAUGGGAUUGGCUAUGUGUUUGAGCGUGAAGCGUGUUGUUAUACCCCUCCGGUGGGAUCGAAAAAUACCCUGAAUUACAAUGAUAUUUACGACUGAAACCUGAAAUUCUGCUGUAUGUCGGAAGCGAAGAAUUGAAGCUAAAGUGCAGUUUUAUCUACAAUGUUCUGGACGGGCGUGUUAGGGAGCUAGAAGCCGUGAAAGAAGCGGCUCAAGUUCGGUGUCCACUACUGGCUAGCUGGUCUUUUGUUUUUGUGUUGGCUUGAAAAUUCUUCUUUGACACAAAUUUGUGUGCUGAGAAAAGGGUAUUUUUUAAAGUUAGAAGACUUGGAGGUUAAUAUGCUCAAUGGUUUCCCAAGUGGAGAUCUUAAGCGAUCGGGAAAAAGAGUUGUUGGCCAACUACGAUAGCCGGUUGUAUGGCUUUCUACGACAGCACGAUCCGAUUGGUGACCCAUCUCUACCAAAUCUAAACCACAGAUCGUUAUUAUUAAAGGGUGUGGUUUAUUUUGAGAAAGAGUUGCAGGAAAAAGGAAAAUCAGCCCAUCCAGCGAUCUUCAGCAAGCUUGGUCAUCUUCACUUACUUACUGAAGAUUUACCUAAAGCUUUGUCUGCUUACCAGAAGUUUUACAACCUACCUAAUGUAGAUUAUUGGAAGGACGCACCAUUUUUAUAUGGUAUUGGCUUGGUCUAUUUCAAUUUCUCUGCUUACCAGUGGGCAACAAAAGUCUUUCAACAAGUGCUUUACUUAGAUCCUGGAUUCAGCUGCUCCAAUGAAGUUCAUUUAAGAUUGGCUAUCAUAUAUAAAGCCCAGAAUAAUUAUGAAGCCAGUAUAAAGCAUUUUCACAUGGCAUUAAUGGAUUCCAAUCCUUGCUCCUUAUCGAAAGAAGAAAUUCAUUUUCAUCUUGGUCAUCUAUUUGAGAUGCAAAACAAGUGCCAAGAGGCACAAGAGAUGUAUGAAACUCUUAUCAACUCACCUGGGGUGUCUAAUGGUAUUAAAGCCAAUGCUUACAAACAGCUAGGCUGGAUGUACUAUAACAAGGAACACCUUGGGGAUAGAGCAAGUAGGAUGCAGAAAGCUGUGCAGUUAUUACAAAAGGCCAUAGAAACAGACCCUAGUAAUGGUUCAACAUGGUAUUUGAUUGGAAGGUGUUAUGCUAUGCAGGGCAAGGUACAUGACGCUUUCACAUCUUAUCGACAUGCUAUUGACAAAUCAGAAGCCAAUGCUGAUACUUGGUGUUCUAUAGGGGUGCUGUAUCAGCAGCAGAAUCAACCAAUGGAUGCACUCCAAGCAUAUGUUUGUGCCAUCCAACUAGACCCCAUGCAUGUAGCCGCCUGGACAGACCUUGGGAUUCUAUAUGAAGCAUGUGAUCAACCAGGUGAUGCUAUAAUGUGUUACAGUGCAGCUAAAAAAUAUGGAGCUACAGACUUGGCAAUAGAUGCAAGGAUUAAGGCACUUCAGGCAAAGCAAGCCAUGGCUGCAAAAUCAGCACCUAAUGUCAAAAAGAAUAUUCCUUCAGUUGGUGAAGCAUGGAAGUUACCCAUACCUGCAGAGCUUACGACAAGGACAAUGAGGAACGUACAGGCUAAAAUGGUACAGUCAGGACAGUCAUCCUUAACAACUUCACAGAGCUUACAGCUUCUUUAUACACAGCAGCAGCUACAGCAACAGCAACUACAGCACCAGCAGUUGCAGCCUGACAGAAACACACUAUUAAUGAAUAACCAUGUACAACCCCAAGAACCAAAACCACCAGAAAUAAACAAAGGUUUGCAACCAGUUGUAGAUCAAAAGCAGCCGCCUAUUUUUCAGGGACAGACUUCUUUACCACCAUCAAGCAAUGGUAAUAAUUUUACAAUGCACAAUGGAAACACAGAACUUGAUGUGAAUACCAGUAAUGGAAUAAAUGGUCACCACCCACAACAACAACAAAAUUUUGUAAAUAAUUCAAAUGGCCGACUAGGAUUAGAAUCUCAAGGAAUUGGCCAGCAGAAUGGGCCAGUAACUGGAGCAGAAACAGUGGCUCUUACAUCAUUGAGUUCAGACCCUCUGUUGUCUUCAGCAUCUAGUAGAGCAUCAGAUAUUUCUAGUUCAUUGGGACAAUCGAAUUCUAUGUUAUUAACAGCACAGAGUGUUUCAAAUUCAUCACGUCACUCCUCCGAAGUUCUUCCUUCACCAAUGGAAGGUUUGACAUCUAAUACUAGCGUUACGUCUAGUGAAGGCACAUCAAGUUUACCUGAUGCACUGACAAGAUCCGAUAACCCAACUUUAGGAAGUGGUGGUGGCUCAACCAAUGAGUAUUCUUCAUCAUCAUUUUCUUCUCCGACAUACGUUUCUUCUCCCACGCAAAAAUUUUCUACGAGUGUCUCAUUCUCUCCAAACCUUACUCAACCAUUGACAGUAAAUGCUUGUAGUUUGUCACCAAGCUCUAAGCAGUCUUUAUUAUCACCAUCAUUAAUAUCUCCGCCAAUGAUUGCUAUGGCUUCACCAUCCUUGUCCAAGUCUCCCCUUACUUCUGGUAUUGGGCCAUCUGCCUUUCAAGUCCCUAAGGUGUCACUUCUUUAUGAUGCGACAGCUAUUCCAAGUCCUCCAAAGCAACCUCAUCCUCCACUACCAACAGACAAACUCUCUCCUCCUACACCAAGCAUAUCUGUUGAAAACAAAAGGGAUGCAUAUUCCCAGGCACUACAGAAUUUUGCGCUAUCACCAUCACAACCUGUUACAGUUAUCAGAGGUCUGGCAAAUGCGCUUAAACUAGAUCUUAACCUAUACUCCACUAAGACCCUAGUCGAGUGCAACGGAGACCAUCAACUUGAAGUCAGAAUGCAGAGGCAACAAGCAUCUGAUGAGAACUGGGACCCUCAAGGGGAAAAGAAAGUAUGGCUCUGCGAGAGCAGUAGAUCAUACACUACGAUAGCAAAAUAUGCCCAGUAUCAAGCUAACACUUUCCAGGAAUCUCUAAAGGAAGAAGAGGAGAGGAUAACAAAAAGUAAGGAGCCGAUCCAAUCAGACAGCGACUCUUCAUCCAGCUCUAGAAGCAAGAAGAAUUCCAGAGGAUUCAAAUUCAAGUGGAUCAAGUUUGGAACAAAUGUAGACUUGUCAGAUGAAAGAAAAUGGAAAGAUCAACUUCAAGAGCUCAACAAGCUACCACAAUUUAUCAGGGUUGUUGCCCCUAACAAUCUGCUCAGCCAUUUUGGCCAUACCAUACUGGGCAUGAAUUCUGUUCAACUGUACAUGAAAAUCCCAGGAUCAAGGACACCAGGUCACCAAGAGAACAACUGUUUAUGUGCAGUUAAUAUGAACAUUGGACCCGGUGACUGUGAAUGGUUUGCAACUCCUAGCGAAUACUGGGGAGUUAUACACAAUCUAUGUGAGAAGCAUGGAAUCAAUUUUCUGACUGGUUCAUGGUGGCCGGUUUUAGAAGAGCUCUAUGAGGAACGUGUACCUGUGUAUAGGUUUAUUCAAAGACCAGGGGAUCUGGUUUGGCUUAACCCAGGUGUUGUUCACUGGGUGCAAGCAUUAGGGUGGUGUAAUAACAUUGCUUGGAAUGUCGGUCCAAUCUCAGCACACGUCUUUAAUGCUGCUGUAGAGAGAUACGAAUGGAAUAAACUUCAAGGUGAAAAGUCCAUCGUCGCAAUGAUUCACAUGACUUGGAACCUUGCUAGGAACAUUCGAGUAUCAGAUAAAAGAUUAUAUGAACACAUCAGGGUGAUCCUUGAGAGGACAUUAAAGUAUUGUCAAAUUACGCUCGAUAACUUGAAGCGUUCUAACAUUGAAGUACAGUGGCACGGCAGACGACCAGACGAGGCACCACAUUACUGUAUUCAAUGCGAAGUCGAGGUUUUCAACCUUCUUUUUGUGUUCGUAACAAAUAACCGAAAACAUCAAGUCUACUGCCAAGAUUGUGCAAGAAAGACUAGUAGUACCUUGGAGGGAUUUUCUGUAUUGAAUCAAUACACCAUGGAAGAAUUGAUGGAGACUUACAAGUCAUUUAAACUCUACACAGUACCCAGCGUGUCCCAGGAGCCCAUACAGUCACAUCCUCCCGCGAUGUCCCAGCCUUCAUCAAGCUACGUACACCAAACUAUUUAAAUUAGUUUAGAUGCGAUUUCAGGACAUAAUUUUUGUACAGAAGAAUAUAUUUUAUAUAUGAAUAGGAAUAAGGACUAAAUCCUGUUGUAAUUGAAGCAAAUCUGUGCCAUGCUGCACUCCUUAUAUUUAAGGCUGCUGAUGCUAAGCUUGCGUGCUAAACUAAUUGUUAUUUGAAUGGAUAAUAUUAGCCUUUGAUAAUCAUAAAUGAUGCAAUGAGGAGCAUUCGUACCCAGGUCACUCGCCGUCGCCUCGAGAAGUCCUGGGUACUAGAAAAAAUUAGGAGCCUUCUCGACCGUUCUACGCAUGCGCGGCUCCAUGAAUUUAAUUCUUUCCCUUCCUCGGAUUUUCUAUAAUAAUUUCUCAAUAAGCGAAAUGAUUAUCUUAAUACUUAUCUUACAAUGGAAAUUUUCUUUUCAAUUAAAAGUUUAAUUCAGACUUUCUGCAACAGCUUUUACAGAGCUGGAAUAACGUUAAAUCAGCUUUUGAUAUUUCCAAUGUAUUACUCUUCUUGUUCACGUCUAUAUCCGACAAUACUGUUUAUACGUUUUUGAGCCUUCUUUUUUUACAACACGAAAAAAUACAUUCACAGGCUAGAUUUAGUGUAUGGUUGAAAUACAAUUUGAAUUUAUUUGAUUAUUAUAGAAGUUAAUGAAUAUAGGAUCAGUUUGAAAAAAGUGCGACUUGAAAAGCCAUUUUCUUAUUGUUUGUUUGUUGUUUCAUUCGUUAUUAAUACGAUAUAUCCAUGUGUCAGCGCACGAGUUGAUAGCUCAUUUUUGUUCGGUUAGUGUUUAAGUCUUUCAUUUCUUGACCCACAAUGCACAAAGAGCUGUGGCCGAAGUGUUACGUCAUUCGUGUCCAAUAAAAAAAAACAUUUCCAACUGCUGUUUUUCGGAGUUUUUUUUGUUUUUUUUUUUGGAGAAAUUAUAUUACACUUUUUAGGAAUACGUCACAACUUUUACAAAAAUUCUGGUUUACAAGAGCAACGCAAAUGCAAAGGUAAAUGCAAACGUUUAAAUAAUUUUGCUUGCAAUUCCAUGUGUGUUGCUUAUACAAACAAGGCUUGAGAGCAUGGUUUUUCAUCGCACUGUUAUCGUUAAGUAAGAAUUUUGGUUGUCUCACGUUUAGGUGCGUGAAACAAACUUGUUUUGGUUCUGUUUAAUGCCUAGCUUUAAUGGAUUUCGUGUUAGAAGUGUUACUAUCGAAGAAAUAAAGAAUGAGUGAUUGCAUUGA